GGAAACUGGCGUGUAACGAAUCCGGCCGAGGAUGAAGCGAAUGGCGAAAUGAAGAUGCGUUGCUUGUGGCUCAUCUGGUCACUGCUCACGUGGUUGGCAGCCAUUCUGUGCACCAUUGGGUGUCUGUUACCCUACUGGUUGAAAGGAUAUGUCCAUUUCUUGAGGCCAACUACUGCUGCAGGGUUAACUUCAUCGCUGGAUUUGCACACUCCGGAAUCCCUGGGCCAGACCCCUGUAUGGAAACCAGAUACAAACAGAUUGGAUACAAAAGCUGGGAUUCCUACGGAUUUAGGACUUUUUCGACGUUGUGGCUAUCCUGUCUAUGCUAACAGAACAGCCAGUGAUUCUACCGCAAUCACAAAAGGACAGGCGCAGCCCGUUGUGUGGCAUUCUGGCUGUGGUCAUUACUCACAGCUUACCAGCGGACCUCAUAUUGCUUGGCACAUUGCAUUUUUGAUGUUGGUUUCUGCUUGUGGUUUGCUCUUUUUCGCAACAUUUUUCCUAUUCAUCUUGGGAUUCGCUCUCUACCUCAUCUCCAUCCGGACCAUACAUCGUUCGUGUCAGAUAAUGUUGUUGGUGGCUGCACUGUACCAGCUCCAUUGUCGCGUUGCAUCGAAAUCCGAGGCUUGUGUGGUGCGCCUCGAUCGUGCGAUCAACAACCAACCGGUCCCAACCAUGUCACCAGCUGACCUUGUGAUCGAAUAUGGGCAGUCGACAAAUCCAUCGGCACCAGGUGUCAUAGCUCUGUCAUGUUCCGCACACAGAGGUGCAAGAGAUUACCCGGUUGACGAGCGUAAAGGAUUACUGGCUCUCAUCUCAUGUGUUUUGUAUCCAGUCGGAUGGACAGGCAAUAGCGAGGUGCGACAAGCCUGUGGCGAGGAAGCCUACAUCUUCAAUUUGGGCCGGUGUCAUAUCGGAUGGGCCUACGUACUAACAUGCUCCGGAGGACUCUUGAGUUUGUUUGCUGCACUCCUACCCGUCAUUUUCCCCAAAAACGCUAACCAACAAACAGGAUCCUCCAGAUCACAUGACCUUUUCCUGGAUAAAGCUGGACAGUCCUCUAAUGGUUGCCAGUGUUUCGGAAAAUCUAACCGACGAAUGAAGUCAACCACGGGUGAGAAUAUCCCUUUUUAUCCCGGUUCUAUGCCAUCUCCAGCAAAUUCAUUGGAUGCUGAAUCAGUCUGCUUUCAGUCAUCGUCACACCGUCCCGACAGCAUGUUACUUCAUCCCCGACAUGGCGGUCUGAGCCCAACACACUCGACGUCUCCGGUGCCAAGUGUUUUACAGGACAGGGUUCACCCAAUGAGAAAUGAAGACAUGACUGGACUCUGCUAUGUGCCCACUUCUAAUCAACGCCCUCCUUCAGCUUUUAUUCCCUCAUCUUCGGUUCCUCCGUAUCCGUACGUGUGCUCCUACUUACCCAACCAGCAACGUUACAGUACCGGAGCCUUGUUGGGUCACUUCCAGUUGCUUCCGACCAGUCUUGUUCCACCCAACCUUCACGCUAACCAGCGCAUCAGUGUCGCGGUCAAUCCUGACCCAUUGAUUUACGUCUCUGAGGAAGAGGAACUCCUAGACACCACUGAACAACCGGCCGACCCAAAGUCCGGUUCCAACGAGCAACAGAACGAAGGAAUACAG